GCGGGAAUCCGAUUCAUCGUCCCACCAUCACUCUCUGUUUCUCUGCCUCUCUCCUCUUCCUCUGCUCUUACCACCAGAAAUCAGAAAAAGAGAUAAUACGUAAAGAUGAACAACGGCAAGAAGCGAGGAGCGCCAUCGUCGUCGGAGCCAGAGCCGACAACGAAACAUCAAGCAGUGAUGGAGGACGAGGAGAUGGACGAGGAUGUCUUCUUAGACGAAACCCUCCUCCAUGAAGAAGAAGAAGCACUGCUACGUGACGCGGAAGGGCGACAAGCCCUCUCUUCUCGUCUUUCCAAGUGGAAGCGCCCUCCUCUCUCUUCCGCCUACCUCUCCCAGUCUCAGAGCAUCAUUUUCCAACAAUUGGAGAUUGACUAUGUGAUCGGAGAUAGUCACAAGCUGUUGAUGCCGAAAGCGUCUGGCCCAGCUGCUAUUCUCAGGAUAUUUGGUGUUACCAGGGAGGGACACAGUGUAUGCUGCCAUGUUCAUGGAUUUGAGCCGUAUUUCUAUGUUAGCUGCCCUCCGGGUAUGGGCCCUGAUGAUAUCUCCCGCCUUCAUCAAAUUCUUGAGGUGAGGAUGAGGGAAUCAAAUAAAAAUAGUAAAGUUCCAAAAUGUGUCCUACGGAUUGAAAUGGUGCAGAAGAGGAGCAUUAUGUAUUAUCAGCAGCAGCGGUCUCAUCCUUUCCUCAAAAUUGUGGUUGCAUUGCCAACAAUGGUUACCAAUUGCCGAGGCAUUCUUGAUAGGGGUAUACAAAUUGAUGGUCUUGGCUUGAAGAGUUUCACGACAUACGAAAGCAAUGUUCUUUUUGCUCUGCGUUUCAUGAUUGAUUGUAAUAUUGUUGGUGGCAAUUGGGUUGAGGUUCCUGUUGGAAAAUAUGUGAACACAGAUAAAAAUUUGUCAUAUUGUCAACUGGAGUUUGACUGUCUGUAUUGCGACAUAAUAAGCCAUGUUGCUGAAGGGGAAUUUUCUAAAAUGGCUCCAUUCCGUAUCUUGAGUUUUGACAUUGAGUGUGCUGGUCGAAAAGGGCUCUUUCCUGAGCCCAAGCAUGAUCCUGUUAUUCAGGUGGCCAAUCUAGUCACUUUACAAGGGGAGAAUCAGCCAUUUGUGCGCAAUGUCAUGACCCUCAAGUCGUGCUCUCCAAUAGUUGGUGUUGAUGUGAUGUCAUUUGACACAGAAAGAGAUGUUUUGCUUGCUUGGAGGGAUUUUAUUCGUGAAGUGGACCCAGAUAUUAUAAUUGGUUAUAACAUCUGCAAAUUUGAUUUGCCGUAUCUCAUUGAGAGAGCUGAGGUCUUAAAAAUAGCAGAAUUUCCAAUUCUGGGCCGGAUCAGGAACAGCAGGGUCCGUGUCAAGGAUACCACUUUUUCCUCGAGACAAUAUGGAACACGGGAGAGUAAAGAAGUUACAAUUGAAGGGAGGGUUCAAUUUGAUUUACUUCAGUCUAUGCAGAGGAAUUAUAAACUAAGUUCAUAUUCAUUGAAUUCUGUUUCAGCACACUUUCUUGGAGAGCAGAAAGAGAAUGUUCACCACUCUAUAAUAUCUGACCUUCAGAAUGGGAACUCAGAGACUAGAAGACGGCUUGCUGUUUAUUGCUUGAAGGAUGCUUAUCUUCCACAGCGGCUUUUGGACAAACUGAUGUUCAUUUACAACUAUGUGGAGAUGGCUCGGGUAACAGGUGUCCCUAUCUCUUUUCUGCUUUCAAGAGGCCAAAGCAUCAAGGUUCUUUCUCAACUUCUUAGGAAGGCUAAACAGAAGAAUCUUGUCAUUCCAUAUGUUACAAAACAGGGAUCUGAUCAAGGAACAUAUGAGGGUGCAACUGUUUUGGAAGCUAGGGCAGGAUUCUAUGAGAAGCCCAUAGCAACAUUGGAUUUUGCAUCUCUAUAUCCGUCCAUCAUGAUGGCAUAUAACCUCUGUUACUGCACUCUGGUAAUGCCUGAAGAUGUUCGCAGACUCAACCUGCCUCCAGAAUGUGUCAUUAAAACUCCCUCUGGUGAAACUUUUGUCAACACAAAUUUACAGAAGGGAAUACUUCCUGAAAUUCUUGAAGAACUGUUGACUGCUCGUAAAAGAGCUAAAGCAGAUUUGAAGGAAGCAAAGGAUCCCUUUGAGAAGGCUGUACUUGAUGGUCGCCAGCUGGCUCUGAAGGUAAGUGCGAAUUCUGUAUAUGGGUUUACAGGAGCUUCGGUUGGCCAGUUACCUUGCCUAGAGAUAUCUUCUAGUGUGACGAGCUAUGGUCGGCAAAUGAUUGAACACACGAAGAAGCUUGUGGAAGAGAAAUUCACUACAGUUGGGGAUUAUGAGCACAAUGCUGAGGUUAUCUAUGGGGACACUGAUUCAGUAAUGGUACAAUUUGGUGUGUCCACUGUAGAAGCAGCAAUGAAACUGGGACGAGAAGCUGCUGAAUAUAUUAGUGGCACUUUCACAAAGCCCAUCAAACUAGAGUUCGAGAAAGUUUAUUAUCCUUAUCUACUGAUUAGUAAGAAGAGAUAUGCUGGGCUCUUUUGGACAAAUCCAGAUAAGUUUGACAAAAUGGACACCAAAGGCAUUGAAACAGUUCGAAGGGACAACUGUCUACUGGUAAAAAACCUAGUGACUGAAUGUCUGCACAAAAUAUUAAUUGACCGAGACAUACCUGGUGCUGUUCAGUAUGUUAAGAACACCAUUUCAGAUCUUCUUAUGAACCGCAUGGAUUUGUCACUUUUGGUUAUAACUAAGGGUCUGACAAAAACAGGAGAUGAUUAUGCAGUAAAGGCAGCACAUGUUGAGCUUGCUGAACGUAUGCGGAAGCGAGAUGCUGCCACGGCUCCAGAUGUUGGGGAUCGUGUUCCAUAUGUCAUUGUCAAGGCUGCAAAAGGUGCAAAGGCAUACGAGAGGUCAGAGGAUCCAAUAUAUGUACUAGAGAAUAACAUUCCGAUAGACCCUCAAUACUACCUUGAAAAUCAAAUUAGCAAGCCGCUUUUGAGAAUUUUUGAGCCGAUUCUAAAGAAUGCAAGCAAGGAACUUUUCCAUGGCAGUCACACUCGAUCUGUUUACAUUUCAACUCCCUCAACCGGUGGUAUAAUGAAAUUUGCUAAAAAAAAGCUCAGUUGUCUCGGUUGCAAAGCUCUAAUUAGUGAUGCAGAUCAUGCUCUCUGCUCACACUGCAAGGGAAGGGAAGCAGAACUGUAUUGUAAAACAGUUGCCAAUGUGCGUGAGUUGGAGACGCUUUUCGGGAAGCUGUGGACACAAUGCCAGGAGUGUCAAGGUUCUCUUCAUCAGGAUGUGCUUUGCACAAGUCGGGAUUGUCCAAUAUUUUAUCGGAGAAAAAAGGCACAGAAGGACAUGGCUGAAGCUAAGACGCAAUUGGAUCGGUGGAAUUUUUGAGCUCAUUAUUCAGUAAUGGUCAUGUUCUCUCCCUACCAGUAAUGACCCUAAAUGCCAGAGCUCUUGUUGCAUGUGUCCUGGCAUUGGUUAUUCUAGUUGUGAAGAUGGUUCUGCCAAUGAGAAGCACAGAUGGAAUGCUGCAGAGAUCAUUUCAGGGAUAUGUUGCUCAAGAUCAAUUUCACUGGCAUUAGUUUGUGUGAUAUCACAGAAUCACCCAGCUUCCUUUGAAAUCCUUAGCAGUGAUAAUGCAGGCAUUAACACUCAUAUGGUGUAAACGCACUCGCGGGGGGGGGGGGGG